AUACUCUCUCUAUAUAUGGCUUACAUAUGCAUAGAGAUUAUGCAGAACUCUUGCCCUCGGACUCUUGUCUCUCAAUCACCAUUUCUACUAACAAUUUACUAGAAAAAUUGAACACCACCACCACAAUCUCUCUCUCCGUUGUUCAUCACACAACUCUUCUUCAAACCAUAGAGAGAGUUUUAAGAGAGAGAGAUGGGUAGACCACCAUGUUGUGACAAAGUUGGAAUGAAGAAAGGUCCAUGGACACCAGAAGAAGAUAUCAUCUUGGUCUCUUACAUACAACAACAUGGACCUGGCAACUGGAGAUCAGUUCCUACCAAUACAGGUUUGCUCAGAUGCAACAAGAGUUGCAGACUCAGAUGGACUAAUUAUCUCAGGCCAGGCAUCAAACGAGGCAACUUCACUGACCAUGAAGAGAAAAUGAUCAUACAUCUUCAAGCCCUUUUGGGUAACAGAUGGGCAGCUAUAGCAUCAUAUCUUCCACAAAGAACAGAUAAUGAUAUAAAGAAUUACUGGAAUACCCAUCUGAAGAAGAAGCUGAAGAAGCUCCAAUCAGGACAAAACCAAGAUGGGUUUUCAUCUCCAAGUCCUAAUUUGUCAAAAGGUCAGUGGGAGAGGAGGCUUCAAACAAACAUUCACAUGGCCAAACAAGCCCUAUGUGAGGCUCUAUCACUUGACAAGCCAACAACAACUACUACUUUGGUUCCUGAAGAUCAAGAGACAAAGCCUUCUACUUAUGCAUCAAGUGCUGAAAACAUAGCAAAGUUGCUUGAGAACUGGAUGAACAAGACACCAAAAUCAAACUCAAAAGGAUCUACUAUUUAUUCUAGUGAAGGAGCACUUAGUGCAACAACAACAAGCUUCAACUCUUCCAAUUCCUCUCCUGCAGAUGAGAAUAAUGCAAAUCUAACUACUGCUACUACUCCUGAAACCAAGCCCAACUUGGAGACUGGUAGUAAUCAUGAUGAUCAAAUUCCACAAUUGACACUGUUGGAGAAGUGGCUCUUUGAUGAAGGUGUCUCUCAUGGUGAUCAUGAUGAAGAUCUGUUGACCUUUUCAUUAGAGGAUAGCGAUGAGUUGUUCUGAAAAUAGCUUUUCUUAAUUUAGGACAAUCAGUCUAGGUGGGGAGACUUGUUUCUUGUGUUUAAUUUGGUCAUCAAUUUAGGCCUUAAUCAAGCUGGUGGAACUUGUACCUAUAUAUACAUAUAUUUAUAGGUCUAGCCUAUGCAGAAAUAUACUACAUAUCCUAGCUCUCUUAGAGCAAGAAAAGAAGUGUAUAUUAUAUAUAUGUAUAGGUCUAGCCUAUGCAGAAAGAUACUACAUAUCCUAGCUCUCUUAGAGCAAGAAAAGAAGUGUAUAUUAUAUAUAUAUAUAUAUAGGUAUCUAUGAUAUUGGAUA